CUUCUACCAGAACGUGAAUUUGACCUGCAACUCAAACAGACCCCCCGACUUCUUCGGGAUCAGCAAACAAUGCCAUAAUUCCGCACCCUCUUGUCCCAUGACUUGAGAAGUUGUCAUCAUUUCUUACCCCUCCAAACCAUCCGAUCCCGGCAGAUCUUGGCACAAACAUCACAAUGCCCGCCGUGACGCUCCCGCAGAAGCGGGUGUUCGGCGAGGCGUCGAGCGCCCGUCGCAACAUCGCCGCGACGCCAGCAUCAGCCUCCUCCAAGAAGCGGCGUAUCGAUUCAAUCCCCUCUUCAUCCCCUGCGGCCCGUUUCGCCAGCUCCCAAAGUGACGGCAAGGGCAAACUGGCCUCGAGCCAGCAAAAGAGCACCUUUGAGACCGAGGUUCUUGAGCGCAUGAGCCAGGAUAUCUCGGACCUAAAGCAAAACAACGCCGAGAAGCACCAGAACUGGGAGCGCCCUCCAGUGCCAACUGACUUCCAUCCAACCAACGACAACCUCUGCUUCCAGGCGAUCGAGGCUGAGGAAGGUACCCUCGCCGGCGGCCAGACCACUGUCAAGCUCUUUGGCGUUACCGACAAGGGCAACUCUGUUUUGCUGCACGUCAAGGACUUCAAGCACUACCUGUAUGUCCAGGCUCCCGUGUCCUUUACUCCCGAAGAUUGCCCUAGGUUCCAGGCCUAUCUGGAGACACAGCUCGCCAUGCACCAGACCGUCAUUCAUGCCGUCAGCUUGACCAUGCGAGAAAACAUAUAUGGAUUUCAGGGCAAUGUCCAGAAUCCAUACAUCAAAAUUACCGUGACAGACCCCAAAUUCAUCAACAAGGUCCGCACAGCCAUCGAAAGAGGCGAGGCCAACUGGAAGGGCAUGUGGAAGAGCGUCGACGGCACCAUCAUGACCUACGAUAACCUCCAAUACUUACUCCGAUUCAUGGUUGACUGCUCGAUUGCCGGCAUGGCCUGGGUUGAAGCGCCGGCGGGCCGGUACAAGCUUGUCGCCCAAAAGCAGUCCAACUGCCAGAUCGAGGCCGAGAUCAGCUACAGAGACUUGAUCGCCCACAAGCCGGUCGGCGAGUGGUCAAAGAUGGCGCCUUUGAGAAUCCUUUCGUUCGAUAUCGAAUGCGCCGGCCGUAAGGGCAUUUUCCCCGAAGCCAACCACGACUCAGUAAUACAAAUCGCGAACAUUGUCACCAAGUACGGUGAGAAAAAUCCAUUCGUUCGAAAUGUCUUUUGUCUUGAUGAGACGAGUCCCAUCGUCGCGACCGAGAUCCUUUCAUAUGACGACGAGGGGGAAAUGCUCAAGGCAUGGAGAGACUUUCUCGAGAAGGUCGACCCAGACAUCAUCACUGGCUACAACAUUGCCAACUUUGACUUUCCGUAUCUUCUUGAUCGCGCCAAGCACCUGAAGGUCCACGGAUUUGAGUACUGGUCCCGUACAUUCGUGAAAUCCGUGUCAAAGGAGACAAACUUCUCCAGCAAGCAGAUGGGCAACCGAGACACCAAGGCCACCAACACAAACGGCCGGCUCCAGCUCGACCUGCUCCAGCUCAUUCAACGCGAUCACCAGCUCCGCAGUUACACGUUGAACUCUGUCUGUUCGCAUUUUCUAGGCGAGCAGAAGGAGGAUGUCCACCACUCCAUGAUUACCGAGCUAUUCGAAGGCACUCCAGAAUCGAGACGCAGGCUGGCCUUGUACUGUCUGAAGGAUGCCUAUCUGCCUCAGCGGCUCAUGGACAAGCUGUCCUGCCUCGAAAACUACACUGAAAUGGCAAGAGUCACAGGUGUCCCGUUCAACUUCCUUCUUGCCAGGGGUCAGCAGGUCAAGUUCUUAAGCCAGCUGUUCCGCAAGGCUCUGGAACAAAAGCUGGUCAUUCCAAACCUGAAAUCAGAGUCGUCUGAAGAGCAAUACGAAGGUGCCACCGUCAUCGAGCCUACCCGAGGUUACUACGACGUACCCAUCGCAACCUUGGACUUCGCGUCCCUAUACCCCAGCAUCAUGCAAGCACACAAUCUUUGCUAUACCACACUGAUCAAGAAGAAAGAUGUUGAGAAGUGGGGCUUGAAGAAGGACGAGGACUACAUUGUCACCCCUAACGGAGACAUGUUCGUCACGGUCAAGCAGCGAAAAGGGCUGUUGGCCCAAAUUCUUGAGGAGCUGCUCGCGGCCAGGAAGCAAGCGAAGCGCGAGCUAGCUGCGGAGACAGAUCCUUUCAAAAAGGCUGUGCUGAACGGUCGCCAGCUGGCCUUGAAGAUUAGCGCCAACUCUGUGUACGGUCUUACGGGUGCAACGAACGGUAAACUGCCCUGUCUGGAGAUUGCCAGUAGCACGACGAGUUUUGGCCGUCAGAUGAUCGAAAGGACCAAGCAAGAGGUGGAACAGAGAUACUGCGUUGCGAAUGGCUAUUCUCACGAUGCUCAAGUCAUAUACGGCGAUACCGACUCCGUCAUGGUCAAAUUCGGCACCAAGGACCUGGCCGAAGCCAUGAAGCUCGGCGAGGAUGCGGCCCAGUUCGUCUCGGGCAAGUUUAUCAAACCCAUUAAGCUAGAGUUCGAGAAGGUCUACUUCCCCUACCUGCUUAUCAACAAGAAGCGUUAUGCUGGGCUGUACUGGACGAAGCCGGAGAAGUACGACAAGAUGGACACCAAGGGUAUCGAAACGGUUCGACGUGACAACUGUCUUCUAGUGCAGACCGUCAUCGAAAAGGUGCUCAGAAUGAUCCUCAUCGACCAGGAUGUGCCAGGCGCCCAGGAAUACGUCAAGGACACGAUUGCAGAUCUCCUGCAGAACAAGAUUGAUAUGUCUAAGCUCGUGAUCACCAAGGCGCUGACCAAGGAUGACUACGCCGCGAAGCAAGCCCACGUCGAGCUCGCGCAGCGCAUGAAGAAGCGAGAUGCCGGUUCAGCUCCGGCGCUCGGCGACCGUGUGGCCUACGUCAUGGUGAAGGGCGCUGCCGGGUCAAAGAAUUUCGAGCGCUCCGAAGACCCCAUCUACGUCCUUGAGCACAACGUGCCCAUCGACACAAAAUACUACCUCGAUAACCAGCUGGCCAAGCCCCUCGGCCGCAUCUUCGAGCCUAUCCUCGGCGAGACCAAGGCCAAGUCGCUCCUAACGGGCGACCACACGCGCUCCAUCGCGGUCGCGGCCCCGACCGUCGGCGGGCUCAUGAAGUUUGCCAAGAAGACGCAGACGUGCAUGGGCUGCAAGAAGCCGCUGACGGGCAAGGAGGAGAGCAUGGGCGCCGUGUGCGCCGACGAUGCCCCGCGCGUCGGCGAGCUCUACAAGAAGACGCUCGACAAGGUCUCGGAUCUCGAGAUCAGGUUCGGCCGGCUGUGGACGCAGUGCCAGCGCUGCCAGGGCAGCCUGCACUGCGAGGUCAUUUGCAGCAGCAAGGACUGUCCCAUCUUUUACAUGCGCAUGAAGGCGAAGAAGGACCUCGAGGACGCCAAUCGGGAGCUGAAGAGGUUCGAUUUUGAUCAGGCCGCUAUUUGGUAAGCAUAAGGUUUGAGUGAGGGUGUGAGGGUCGUUCGGUUCAUAAGACGGAUGGAUGCAAAGGCGUUGGCGGGCAUGUUUGCAUAUUUAUUUACUACUACAUGAUAGGAUGAUUGGGAGGAUGUGUGUGUAGCGGUCUAUCGUAAUGCUAUUAUCCCGCUUCCAGCAAGUAUGGAUAGAGCCGAUUGUGCUGGGGGCUGUCAAAAGUGUACAGCUCGGAAAGAUCAAAAGGAUGGAAAUGCCUUCGACACGGUGACCUACAAGGCAAGAAGGAACCCAUCGGCCUUAUAGAUUGACUACAAGGAUAUUCUUCAAUCUUUUGGUCCUGCCAAAAGAAACCAUAGCAACCGCUAAGUCGUUCCGAUAACC